GAUUCGGGUUUUGACAGCUUCAUUCUUGUCAAUUGUUUAUUCCCUAUAUGGCCUUGAGACAGAUAUUGCUAGCUAAAAAGAAAGAUAGGCCACCACCACUGACUAGAACCGUUGCAGUACAUCUUACGCAGAGAAGAGGCUUCAAGUCAGCUUACUAUUUCAGAAAUAAAUGGACUCCUUUUUCAGAAAUUCGUAUCUGGAAACCAGGCCCGUGGUUCCUAAGAAGGCCGGAUCUGAUCUAGCGGCUCCGUCUCAGGCACUGAACAUUGCGAUAGCUAUUAGUGGGAGCACCAAAAGCAAGAAUGUAGUUAAGUAUGCGCUCGAAAAUUUUUCUUCUGACAAAAACGUCGUCUUCAAGCUGAUUCAUGUCCAUCCAAAGAUUACUUCUGUACCUACACCUUCGGGAAGGACAGUCUCUAUCUCUGAGGCACCAGAAGAUGUGGCGGCUACUUAUAGACGACAACUGAUGGAGAAGACGAAAGAAACUCUUCUUAAACCUUACAAGAAGAUGUGCGUGCGGAAAAAGGUUGCUGUAGAACUUCAAGUGCUUGAAUCAGAUAGUGUUGCAGUUGCGAUAACCAGAGAGGUUAAUCAGCACUCGAUAAGCAGGCUUGUCAUAGGAGGCUCAUCUCAUGUUGGAUUGGACGGGAAUCGUGACGUUACCGCGAAAAUAUCAGCCUAUGUGUCAGAACUUUGUACAGUUUAUGUUGUCUCAAAAGAAGUCUACAUUCUCUCCAAAAAUAAAUCAUCGUCAGAUGGUGAGAUCAGUGAAACUACAAGAGAUUCCCGUAGUGAGAGAUCCGAUACAUCUAGCUACUCUUCUAGUUCAGGACAUAUCUCAGAUGCACUGAAUUCUAAAUCUCUUGUCCUUUCCAAUAAGAGAUUGCAACAUCUCCCUUCAAUAGAAAGAGGGGUUUCUGUUCGUAUAGAAACCAGUUCUGUUGACUCAUAUGAAACUACAAGUAUGUUUUCUGAUCAAGCUAGCAAGAGAAGUAGCCCUGAAACAUCACGUACCGUAACUUGGAAUCCUCCUCAGAGUUAUACGUCAAGCAACGAAAAUGUUACUCAAGGUGAUGAUUAUUUCACAGACAACCAGGACACGCUCCACAAAAUUAGAAAGUUGAAAGAUGAACUUAGAAAGGCUCAAGAAAUGUAUGCAAUGGCUCAAGUAGAAACCUUGGAUGCUUCUCGCAAGCUGAAUGAGAUUGAAUUUGAAGAGCUAAAGCUUAGGGAGAACAGAACAAAGGGGUUAGAAGAAAAGGAAACACAGAAGUUUGAGAAGAUGACAAGGGAAGCCAGAGAGGUCACACAGAAAACAGAAACCAAAGAGCAGGAGGACAUGCUUAAAGAAAGGUCCCUUGUGGCUCCCAAACUGCAAUACCAAGAGUUCACUUGGGAAGAAAUCAAAACCGCAACUUUUUCAUUCUCUGAAGAUCUAAAGAUUGGAAAGGGAGCUUAUGGGGAUGUUUACAAAUGCAAACUCCGUCAUACAAUUGCCGCGGUGAAAGUUUUGCAUUCCUCUGAAAAUAAUCUAUCCAAGCAAUUCGAUCAAGAGAUUGAAAUAUUGAGCAACAUCAGGCAUCCACACUUGGUUCUCCUUCUAGGCGCUUGUCCAGAGCACGGCACCCUAGUCUAUGAGUACAUGGAAAAUGGUAGCUUGGAAGAUAGACUAUUCCAAGUCAAUGAUAGUCAACCAAUCCCAUGGUUCCUCCGGUUUAGGAUAGCUUGGGAAGUUGCAUCAGCGCUCAUUUUCCUCCACAAAUCAAAACCGACACCAAUCAUCCACCGUGAUCUUAAACCAGCCAACAUAUUGCUUGAUCAAAACUUUGUCAGCAAAGUAGGAGACGUGGGCAUCUCCACAAUGAUCCAAGUCGACCCUUUAUUAACAAAAUUCACAAUGUACAAACAGACAAGCCCUGUGGGAACAUUAUGCUAUAUCGAUCCUGAAUAUCAACGAACCGGGAGGUUAUCUUUCAAAUCCGACGUUUAUGCGUUUGGAAUGAUCAUUCUGCAGCUUCUUACCGCUCUGCCUGCUAUAGCCCUGACGUUUAAAGUAGAAACAGCAAUUGAGAACAAUGACGAGUUUAUACAGAUUCUUGAUAAAAAGGCCGGUGAUUGGCCAAUGGAAGAAACCCGUCAGUUAGCCGUUCUGGCCCUCUCUUGUACAGAGAUCCGUGCUAAAGACAGACCUGAUCUUGAAACUCAUAUUCUUCCAGCAUUGGAGAGCCUUAAGAAUGUAGCUGAAAAAGCAAGAAACUUAAUUUCCUCAUCAACCAAGCCACCUCCAAGCCAUUUCCUCUGCCCAUUACUUAAGGAUGUGAUGAGUGAACCAUGUGUUGCGGCCGAUGGCUAUACUUAUGACCGACGAGCCAUAGAGGAAUGGAUGGAGGACCACCGUACCUCGCCGGUGACUAAUUUUCCAUUACAAAACACUAACCUUUUGCCCAAUCACAGUGUGUAUGCAGCCAUUGUGGAAUGGAGACAUGAAAAUCAGCAAGGCAAGCUAAAGGGUGCUCUCCGUUUUAGUGACUCCUCUUUCUGAAAUUGUGUAGCGUUUGUAGCCAAUAUCAUUGGCGUGGUGUUCUCAUAGCAUUUUUCUUGCUUUUUAGUCAAUUUUUAUUUUGUCUUUGGUGUUGGUUAAUUUUUUUGGACCAAAAUCUCAAAUGUUGUUAAUGAAAGAAAUUUAAUCU